AUGACGCGCAUUGUUGAGUUCUUUGUUGUGUCACAACCCCCACCACGUCCUCAUAGGGAAUGGGUAAAAGAAAAUCUAUGGGUAACCCUCGAAGAGGACCCGAAUAUUAACCAAGUCCAAAAGAAUCAAAUAAAUACAUCCCAGGCGAAUAUACCAAAUCAGGGAGUGGCAAUCGAACAUCCUAGAGUUGAACCUCUUAGACGGGAACCACAAAUUCCAAGGGAGACAGAACCUAGGAUAGUAAUGGUGAAUAGAAACCAGAAUGAUGAUGAAGUCAUACAUCAGGUUCGACAUGAUGAUAUGGCCGCAUAUAAUAAUCUGACAGCCAUGGUCGAAAGGAUCAUGGCGCAAAAUGGUUUAAAUGUUGGCCUUCAUAAGCCAACUUACACUUCACCGCUAAAUGAGUAUAUAUUACAAUCAUAUGUACCCCAUAGGUGGAAAGUCUCCGAGUGUACUAAGUUUUAUAGGGAUACUACCGAGUCCACUAUUGAACAUAUGGAUAGAUACAUAAUAGAGGCAAGCAAAAUUGCCAGUAAUGAAAACCUUAGGAUAAAAUACUUCCCAAGUUCACUUACAAAAAAUGCUUUUACAUGGUUCACCACAUUACCAGCGAGUUCAAUACAUAAUUGGGCUCAGUUGGAAAGACUGUUCCAUGAACAAUUCUACAUGGGACAUACAAAGAUUAGUCUAAAGGAAUUGGCAAGUGUCAAAUGCGAAUUCACUGAGCCAAUAGAUGAUUACUUGAAUAGAUUCCUUUUGUGUAAGGCCAAAUGUUUUACUCAAGUGCUCGAAAAUGAGUUGGUAUUUUAUAGGAACUAA